GUGCGUAUUGUAAGGGUCUGGCGGGACCCAGUAUCCCCAUCCGGGGCCCAGAGAGCGGUCCUCUAUCUCAUUCGCUCGUAUUCGAUUCUUCAGACGGAAAUUCGCAUCAAGUGCCAAUAGCAGCAUGAAGAUGAAUCUGUCCUUUGUCAGCACACAUACAUCAUCAACCACUUCUUGAAUCCACUCACCGAAACGAUGGAUGCACGUCUUUCCAGUUCUCCGGGAGGUUACGGCCCUCGUAUGGACAGGCCCAGCAUAUCACUGCACACUCACCUGGCUCAGUACUCUCUACGCCACACGGAUCGUGUCCUCGUCCCGCUCGCAUCACUCGCAGUAGAAAUGCCCAUUGACGCGCCAUCCGCUGGAGCUGCUUGUAGCGGUCCUGCAUGUUUUUCAGAGACGACGCACAAUGCAUGGGGAUAGGGUACGCACCACUACUUUCCUAAUCCCCGUCUUUGCGCUCACGUCCGUCAUCUGCUCCACCGCCGUCAUGAAAUCUCGCGCAUUCAUAUUCCCGACCUUCUGGUAUAAACGAAACGCCUCCAGUGUCUCGAACGUGGCACAUGUUCCUGGAUCGAUGUUUGUUGCCGGAUACCAGCCGUUCCUCAGUAACUGCUGGACGUUGUUGGCAUGGUCAGACUUUGCACAGUUGCAGUAUUGCAUUUGCACGUCGUGAAUGUGAGGCGCGUGGAUCACGACCAUCCGCCGCACUUCAUCAGCUGGGAAUGGGCAUGGUAGACCGCCGUGACCCAGCUGAUACACGAAGCCCAAGUCCGCCAGCGACAGUUUCUUCCACCAACUUCCAUUCCACUCCUGUGGCUCUCGGAAAGUUUGCGUGUCGCUGUAAGAGACACUUUCGGCAUUGCAGAAACACGCCACAGUCCAAGCACUUGAAGAUCCCUGGCUUUGACUUCACCUCCGCACUUUCUGCAUCCUUCCUGUUGUCCCCCGAGACGCUCUCUCCCUCAUCAUAAGAGGCGCUCUCUCCCUGGUUCUCGGAGACAUCUUCUGCUGCCUCAUCACCCACCGGCGGGCACUCAAGCUUUGAAUGACAAUGGCCGCAGUGAAUGUUGCCUAACGAGUCUGCGAGGCCUUCAUAACGAAGUAGUUCGUCAAGGAAGUAUGACAUUCGAGGCCGCCAACGAGACAUGGGAUUCUUCUGAGCACUCCGACUUUACGACCCUUGCCCUUGGCCGCCAUUUCCUCAACUUCCUCCUCAUCUGUCUCUACGUCGUCUAGCAUGUGCCCCGCGGCAUUCCCUUCGUUUUCCAGUGCCGCGUCAUCGGUCGAAUCCAUCGGAUAUACUGGCAUGUCCAGAUCAGGAACCCACAGCCGACCACUUGCUCCUGCGCGAUCUGAGUCCAAAUCCAGCGUAUGGGGCUCCCCCGUGCGUUUGCGUUUCCGGCUGACAUUCAUGAUUUCGGUUCUUAGUUCUCCAGUCCGGGACGAUAUAUAAACUGCUGUAUCCGCGCUCAAAGACCCCACCGGCCUUUUCGGAAUAAUCCUACGCUCGCCGGGUUUGUCUCGUGGUGGGCGACCAGCCUGUCGACGGGGAAGCGACAUAAUGGGAAAUGGGGAUUGGACACAGGAGUUUCGGGCUACAGCACUCGGUUUGAUCACGUAUGGACUAUUACAAUUGCCACAUGCUGAAAUUGACACACGCUGCAAUCGCCACAUUGUCCUGAUAACAACCUGACAGCGCAAUUUGAAAUUGCAAGCGAUAUCAAGAGCUUGGUGACUGGCGUAGAGCCAGCGCGGAACCUAGGCUGGAAAAAAAGGGCUUUACGUUUUCAGCAUCCGCGCCUGACGUCGAGAUAUACACUCACUUGACCAUCGGAUCCCCCAAGCUUUGAAUCAGCAGAGACAAGAGCGAGUCGGAUAUGGUGUAUCAAGCAAGCAAGAUC